CGGCUGGCCUCGCUUGCGGCGUUAGCUUUCAGUGGUGCCAGCCCUGAAGCCCGAGGUCGACCUCAUGUGAGUCGCGGGGAAUCCCGGGCUGCGCCGGCGUCUUGCUUCCCCAGCCCUCGGCUUCCACUGGGGCGGGAUCCCCGUGCUCCGCAGGCGCCCGGGGAGAGUCAUGAUAUUUAAAGCCAUCACUCAGCUAUUUAUCCUGGGCUGUCCUCGGGGCCUUGGAUUUUUAUGGUUGAAGAAGUCGGGGAGACAAUCAGAUCAGUCGUUGCCUACGCAUUCAGCAUCAUCAAUGUCCUGCAGGGGGGGUUUCUCUUUGUGAUACACUGUCUCCUUAAUCGCCAGGUGCGAAUGGAAUACAGGAAAUGGUUUACUGGGAUGAGGAAAGGGGUUGAAAUUGAAAGCACUGAAGUGUCUCCCUCAUCUACCCACACCAAAAUGGAGGAACUGGGGAAGUCAUCAGAAUCCUAUCGCAGAAGAGACGCUGCAUCUGUCCAACCACAGCCUCAGAUUCAUCUUGUCACUGUUUCUUGGCAAAGAACAGGAAGCUGAGCUGUUUAUGGACGGCGCCCCACCCGUGGUCACAUAUGGAUGAGAACAACGCCACCAUCCAUCUUUCCUGUGAAAAUGAGUGCUGAUGUAUUCCUCUA